AUGAACUUCCUGCGACGGAAGUUCUCCUUCACCGAUGAUGAGGGCGAAAUGGACGACAUGACGUCAUCGACGUCUUCUGCAGCUCCGUCGUCUUUUUCGUUCCAGGCGAUUGCUAACAAGGUCUCUAACACUAUAAGGUUCGACUUCUCCAGAUCCCUUGAUAAAAGAAACUUGAGCCUUAAUUAAAAUUCAUGAACGUUCAUAUAGGAGCUUUAAAACCUACCUUUAAGAGUGAAACUGUUUUGCGGUUCGAAACUUGUUUUGCUGUCAUGCAUGUUGCGCAUGCGCACUGGAAAAAAAACUAUAUAAAUUCUUUUUGAAGUAUAUGUCAUGACGUUUAUAAACUGAAUAAUAAUAGUACUACUAGUAGCAUAUAAGAUUUUUUUUCACUUUCGAAAAUUCCGUUCAGAAAGCGACAAAGAAAUUGCCGCAGCAUAAAUCAUUUUGCGCGCGCACUGAAAAUAAAAAGUUAAAAUUCCCAAAAUGCACCAUCAAAAAAUUUGCGCGUAUUGUUGUGAUAUUGCGUCAUCACUAAGAAUAACUGCCGAGAUAAACGCAAGACACUGGCGGUACAUUGACGAGCUCGCAAACAUCUCGCUUUUUUUCUCGCGCCGGUCUCGCAUUUUUCUGGACGCGAGCUCGCAUUUUUCUAGGCGCGAGCUCGCAUUUCUCUCGCAAUUUGUAAAUUUCCGAAAUGCGAGAUAAAUGCGAGAUGGCGCCAAGAAAAAUGCGAGGUCGCGCCGAGAGAAAUGCGAGAGCGCGCCUAGAAAAAAGCGAGAUGUUUGCGAGUUCGUCAAUGUACCGCCACCGACCUCGCGUUUAUCUCGUCAGUUAUUCUUAGUGAUUCCGCAGCUGGGUGACUUUACGAAAAAUCUCUUAUUUUUUUCCAAUUUUUUUCUUUUUUUAUUUAAAUAUUUGUCUUCUUUUGAUAUUCAGUAUAAAAUGGCCGAACAGAAUUAUUUCUAAUCGAGCUGAUAAUAUGCUUAAAGAUCAAUACCACAUAAAGAGUUGCAAUGCAAAUAACGGUUUGAGGUUUCCUCAGUUAGGUUCUCAAGGAGUUUGUUUGCAUGCCCUCAGUAGAGAAAUCCAGUCGAUUUGAGGCUUAAUUUGCAUGUGAAAAAGCUGUGUGCUCGUGUGAAUUGGUACUCGAAGACCUUUUUUUGAAUUGCUUUUUCACCAUAAUGAAGAAUUCAAGGCUUUGGCUUUUUUUCUUUCGGGGGUGUGAGCGAAUAGAACAAGAAAAAUUUUUUUAAAGUUGAGUAUACGGAAUAUUCCAGUGCUCCGACGUCUCCUUCAAGGAGUGGAGAGUCGCUGGCCGCCGCCCUGGAAAAGUCGCUGAGCAGCGACCGGAGCCGUCGUGAACCUUUGGCUGAUGCUCACGUCCUGCUUGUCAUCGACUCACAUCAUGUCGACUGGUUUGGCUUUCACUUUCCUAUCUUUUCCCAUAUCCAAGGUAAUUUUUGUAGAGGAUAAAAAAAAAUUAAUAAAGCAGAUAUUUAGGAAAAUUAUUCGAUUUACACAAAAUUUCGUUUAAAAAAAACAGCAAAUAAAUAAAUAAAGAGCAUCGGCUCAAUUCAAUACUUCCUGCCUUUAUUUCAUGCAAUGAAUCAAUUUUUCGGCGUUGAAAACAGGAACAUUGAUAAAAUGAAAGUCAUAUAUAUAUACAUGUUUUAUUCCUUUUUAAUACUGUAAUUUUAUAAAGCGUGUUCAGGAGCAAGUAUUUUCGGGCAAACGCAGAGUUACCAAUUCGAGUCGAGCAGGUUUCUUCCGAACUGUCUGAUUUGUAAUUUUUCUGUUGUUAGGGAGAUGUUGAUGAGUUAGACGUGAUGUGUACGGAGCACCACUGCGUCGUCGAGAUCCAUCAGCCCGGACGCGACGCCAGGUGAGGAGCUGCACCAGCUUACGAGAUACCCAGCUCUCAGGACGUUCACUCCGUCUGCCCUGUUCGUCGGGGCUGGCGCUAACCGCACGCCACAACUGAAAACUUUGAUCAGAGCGUUCAUUGCCGCCCACGUUCCUUUCAUAAACUCUCACACGUCCGCUAUAGGUUUCCUCGACAAGAACAAUUUGGUUUUUCUGAACUCGUUUAGAAAAUCAAUCAUAAUUCUUUCAGAAGAAGCAACUUAAAAAAAUUACUCUCCCGGAAGGUGGUUCAAUACCGAUGCUUCCAAUUAUUCAUUAUCCUCAUUUCCGAAAGUUUGUGAGUUCGGAUCUAACCUAAAAAUUUCAAAAAGAAGGUUUUUCAGCAACGGACGUCGGCCUUUCCCAUUGUUGUAUCGGUCAACGAAGGCUUCCAAGGCAUCGGCAAGAUCAAAGUAAGGCACCUAAAAAAGGUCGACAUGUUAAAAGUCGUAGGUGAACAACCAAGAAGAGCUGUGCGACGUAGAAGGCAUGUUGCAAAUAAUGGCGAGAGGCAAUACAGAGGUACUCCGUCGCUGAGUUUUCACGUUAGAAGAUUUCCUAGGUGGAAGUGCAGCCCUACAUCGACGUCAAGUACGACUUGCACGUACAAAAAAUCGGCCACGAGUUCAAGACUUUUUUGAGACGAGGAAUAAGCAAACACUGGAAGAGCAACGUCGGAUCUUCGGUACUUGAGCAGAUCCCGACGAGCGACAGGUGGAAGAAUCGGAAAUAUUCGCAAAAGGUUGUGUUGUAGACACAAAAAGUACAUAAAAGUUAUAACGGACCAUGUUGGACCGAUGACCAUUUGCUCAAUUGACGUCCUCGUGUCCAAGGAGAACCGAGAGUUUGUACACGACGUCAAUGACGUCAUAGGUGUGGAUUCGAACUCAACGAGAGGAUAAAGUGAUUUCUAGCGUACUUUGGGGAGUCAGCUGAAGACGACCGGCGAGCUGCAGCAGGUCUUCUGCGAAUGCUGGUCACCCCUCUGAGGUCUUCCCACGAAAAAAACUCCAACGUCGUCUCUCCGACGAGCAAUGGUCAUGCGUCUCGAAGACACGUAGCCGUCGCUUCGCCGUCUUCUGGAGUUCCAGCUGUACCCCGAAAGUCCAUCUGGCCAGAAUGACGUUUUCUAGAUCUAGUUUUUCAGGCCACAAUCAUCCGUGGAACGUCGACCGUCUUCAGAAACGGGACAUCCGAUGAGCAUGACCAAGACGCGGAGCGGAGAACCUUCGGCCAUGGUUCGUGAGCCCUCCAAAGAGUCCAUUUCUUUCACCGACGACACCAUGGGCCAACUCAAGCGGACUUUCGCUGGCUUUUUCGGGGAAACUGCUCCUUGA